GGGCCCAACACUCCAACGCAUGCCUAUUUCAUUACACCAUCUACAAGUUCUUCUCCACAAAUGUACUUUCAUUUUUUUUCUUGGCAACAACAUUCUCUUUUUUUUUUCUUUUUUUCAAAAUAUACGUUUUACUACAAAAUUAAAAUUUCGUAAAGUACAAUUUUGCAUACAUUUAUGCCGGCAAUGCUUCACUGUCUUCUGACUCAACGCAUGUGGUGGUCACCCACCGAUUUUCUCCUACCUUUUCCUUUUUCUGGUUCACUUAAACCGAUACAAAUUUCGGUUUACCACAACUUUUCUAAAAAUACGCGUUCUCCGCUCACGUUAGCAACAACCAAUCGGGAGUUUGGUGCUAUUGCUGCCGUCAUAAAAGUACGCAGGCACACAAGGCGCACUCUAGAUGGCUGUCAUAAUCGCGCCAUAGUUACAGACGCCAUUACACGUGUCAUUCUUCUGACUAAUCCACGUCAUCCUCCUCCUCUUAUACUAUUGCCAUUUUUAGGUUUUCCUGCAAAACAAACAAAUCAGUCCUUCUUCUUCACUUUUGUUACCUUCUUCUCUGCAAAAUCGACUAAAGUUUUGAGUUUCUUCACCGUACGAUUAACCGGAGAUGGAGUCUUCUCCCGAUCCAGGAGAGUUGAUUAAGUCGUCUCAGCCGAGUUUCUUUGAGUUUCAGAAGCAGGCGUCUCUAAUGACGAGCUGCAAUCUUCUAUGGAAAGAGCUCUCUGAGCAUUUCACUUCCAUGGAGCAAAACCUGAUGAAGAAAUCUGAAGCUCUGAGACAGAUGAUUGAAACCCUAGAUAAUCAAACGCAGAGCUCGAUUGAGUUACUCAAGCAUCGUGAGGUGACUAUAGACCACAGCGUCGAGAUCGCGGAGGGGAAAGUUGAGGAACGCGUUAGAGCGGCGUUGGAUUCGCUGGAGAAAGCUAGAGACUGUGGUGAUGAAGAUACCGGAGAAGUCGACGACGGCGACGGGCUUUUAUCGGCGCUGAAGUCGCUUUGUUUGAAGAUGGACGCAAGAGGAUUUUGGGGGUUUGUGAUUGCGAGGAAGAAGGAAUUGGAGAAUCUCCGGUCACAGAUUCCUGUGGCGUUGGUAGAUUGUGUGGAUCCGCCGAAGUUAGUACUUGAAGCUGUAUCUGAGGUUUUUCCGGUGGAUAAAAGAGGUGGUGGAGAGAAAGUGAGCAAUGAUUUUGGAUGGGCUUGUGUUGUGAUUCUGGAGAGUUUGAUUCCAGUUAUGGUUGAUCCAGUGAUGGGGAAGUCUCGGCUACUUGUAACUCCUAGCGUUAAGGAGAAAGCUAAAGAGAUUGCUGAGACGUGGAAGGCUAGCUUGGAAGAGAGAGGAGGGAUUGAGAAUGUGAAAACACCUGAUGUUCAUACGUUUCUGCAACAUCUUGUGACUUUUGGGAUUGUGAAGAAGGAUGAUCUAGCUCUUUAUAGGAAACUUGUGGUUGGUUCAGCUUGGCGUAAACAGAUGCCAAAGCUUGCUGUUUCAGUUGGUUUGGGCGACCAAAUGCCUGAUAUGAUUGAAGAGUUGAUAAUCAGGGGACAACAGCUUGAUGCGGUUCAUUUCACUUUUGAAGUUGGUCUUGUACACUUGUUCCCUCCUGUUCCUUUGCUCAAAGCUUAUCUGAGGGAUGCAAAGAAAGCUACAGCUUUAAUCACUGAUGAUUCCAACAAUUCUGGCCGAUCUGCGCAUCUUGUGGCGCGCAAAGAGCAAUCAGCACUUAGAGCAGUCUUAAAAUGCAUAGAAGAAUACAAACUCGAGGAAGAAUUCCCACCCGAGAAUCUCAAGAAGAGGUUGGAUCAGCUAGAGAAGACCAAAACCGAGAAGAGAAAACCAGCCGUGAUUCCCGCCAACAAGAGAACCCGAGCAAGCUACAGCGGUCCAAUGCCACCAGCCAAAGCAGGGCGUAUCACAAACGCUUACGUCUCCUCUUUCCCACCGCCUCCACCAACAUUCAUCAGAUCCCAAAGUCACUCACCUCAAUACGGUGUACCAGCAUACACCACAUCCCCACCUACCAUCUACAGCAACAGGAGCCCUCCAUACCAAUACUCACCCGAGGCGGUUCAUGGUUCUUACCAAACCUCUCCGGUCAGUUAUCCGACAGCAUAUGGUACCUACUGCAGUCCGGUGGCUGCUCCACCCCCUCCAGUUUACCAUCCUCACCCGCACCACCACCACCAUAUUCAGCAUGCUUACUACUGAUUAGACAAUGACAAAGGAAAAAAGAAGAUGGUAAGUAACCAACCACUGAUCUCUGGUGUCUACGUUUUGUCUCUACCUCGUUUUUGUUGUAAUCUCUCUUUUUUUAUAUCGUAUCAUUUGUAGCUAACACUCUCACUCUUUCUGGUUCUGAAUUAGUCUACCCUUGUGUGUUUAUUAAUCUAAAUUAUACAUAUCUAUUCACUUUCCUAAUGUUUCAAUCAACGAAUUUAGUUCAGUACUUAAUAGAUUCAUCUUAAACCAGGAAUGUUUCACUGUGAUUAUGUUAUGUAUCACUGUUUGUAUUGGCUCAUUGAAAUCAAGAUUUCGAAGUCUCAUAGCAAGAUUCGUUACAAAGUGUUCGUAUUACACCAAAAAAAAGACUUCUUUAGUCUAAAUCAAGAAGAUGAUUAGUCGUUGGCAGUGGCGAGCUGGAGAGACAAGAGUUCUUCCUCAGGGAUCAUCUUAAUGUGACAAUCAGAAGUUGGAUACGAAGCACAUAGAAGCGUGUAGCCACGUUCAACCACAUCAUCACUUAGCAUCCCACCACUUUGAUCCACCGUUCCGGUCACGAGUUUCGCUGGACAAGUCAUACAAACACCGAGAUUGCAGUCGUAGGGAACGUCAAGGCCAGAGUCAAGAGCCUUAGAUAGAAUCGUCUCGUCUGGUUCGACUUCCAAUUCAGUCGUCUUUCCGUCGUGCUCUACCACCACUUUAUAUGCCCGAGCUAUGAUCCUUCCGGUGGUGAGAAAGUUCCGGCGGUUUGUUGUUGUUGAGAGUGUUGCGUUACGGAGUGGGAAGGAGAAGGAAUUGGAGAGAUAAGGUUUAGGGAGAGAGAUUGUAGAAGUUUGAGUCGGGAGAGGAAGAGUCGCCAUGAGAGACAGAGAGACGGAGACAAAAGAGUUUUUGUGUCAAGUGAGAGUGAUGACUGUUUGUGGUGAAUACGGAGAUAAGGUUGAUCAUCGGUUGUAGAUAGUGGU